AGCACCAGCAGUACGCACACGGAGGGCGGGUGCACGGGACGCUAGAUUUCACCCCUCUGCUGUUAAGAGAGCCCGGACUGAGGUUGAGCGCCGCAUUUCAGAUGCGGACAGCACCAGAGAACGAACACCGAAGCAGGACAAACACACGGAGAAGCGAGCGCCACGGCGGCGCGUAAAGACGCGCAAAAUUACCCAAAACGGCGUUUCACACGAGCGGAGCACGUUCUCUCUCUUUAUAAUUCGUACUUUCAGUACUUGGGGAUCUUUUUCAAACAGUUUCACGGCGACAAAAGACGCAUGUAUGCGCGCGGAAAAGCGCUUCUUCGCCCCGUUUGUUUGUUUUUGCUCUCCAUGGAUUUAGCGCCCUGAGCGGCGCGUUCAAGUGGACUUUGCCCGAGGAUCAGCUCUUCACCAGGAACUGUGGCAGCAGCUGCCGCUCAUGUUCCGGACUGUUUUUGAUGGAUUUAUGAGCUCGGUGCUUUAUUUAAAAUUUUUAAAUCGUAUUGGAGUUUUUGGACCUUACGCGCCCGGACUAUAAGGAUCAUCAAAUGACGAUUUCAAUUCUGAUCCGGAUCGACAGGGACUUGGAUUGAUCUCCCUCCCUGGUGCCAGCCGUUGCCAGAACACAGGGGAAGGAUCCACAUUUUCGAGGCUUUGCGGGUUCUGAGAUUGCCGAUGCCAGGAAGUGGAGCGUGAGGCAGACUCCAGCCUUCCUGCUGUGAUUUUCACGUUUAACCAGAAGACACACAUCACAUCGGGGAAAUGGCGAGGGCUGGUGCGCUCUGCCUUCUGCUGCUCUGUCUGACAGACAAACUCUGGGCCAGAACCAUUGAAGAAGGUAGAACUAAAGACCUGCGGAUCUCCAGGCAUCUCAUCCACCAAGGUUAUCCAGAAAAUGCCACAGCAGUGGUGGGUGGUCAGGCAAAGCUGGUGUGUAAGGUCCACCGGCCACUAUCCACAAAGGUGCAGUGGCUGAAGGCAGUCGUCAGUACCUCAGGGCGGGAUCAAGGAGGACAGCCUCACCUCAGAGCUUUGACGGCCCUACAUGCCUCCAAGGUGAACACCCUCCACCUGUCCAACAUCACUCUCGAGGAUGCAGGCGAGUACAUCUGCAUGGCUGAGAGCAGGCACGCAGGCAAGACGAUCCAGGCCAUGCAGUCUGCGUGGCUGAAGGUCCAACCCGGUAUCUCUGUUUCACGAACCACAGACCUAACUGAAACCCCUCCAGAUAUUCUGGAAGAUUUGAGCGAAGACACCACAGAACAUUUGCUUUUGGAGCCAGGAAACAUCCUGAAGCUGCACUGCGACAUGAGCAGCCGGCCCGGCAUGGCCAUGAGCUGGUACAAAGAAGGCGUGCGGGUUCAGCACACGCCCCGCGUCCAGAUCCGAGGCGCCGUCAUGGAGAUCACAGACGUGAUGUAUGAGGACUCAGGUGUUUAUGUUUGUGUCCUGCGUGGAACCAAACAGCCUCUGAGGAACUUCACCAUCACGGUGACUGACUCACUGGGGUCAGGGGACGAUGACGAGGACAUCGGCUUGGACGACACGUUGGCUGAGAUUGAAAAUGAUCAGGUUUACUUUUCCAGAGGUCCAUAUUGGACUCAUCCCCAGCGUAUGGAGAAAAAAUUGCAUGCUGUCCCAGCAGGCAACACUGUGAAAUUUUGUUGCCCAGCUAUGGGUAACCCCAUGCCCACCAUCCGCUGGCUUAAAAAUGGACGGGAAUUUAGAGGAGAGCACCGCAUCGGAGGCAUCAAGCUGAGACAUCAACACUGGAGCUUGGUGAUGGAAAGCGUGGUGCCCUCAGACAGAGGAAACUACACCUGCCUGGUAGAAAAUAAAUAUGGAUCCAUCACUCACAGCUAUGUCCUUGAUGUUCUGGAGCGCUCGCCCCACAGGCCUAUCUUGCAGGCUGGUUUGCCAGCCAACACCACUGCAGUGGUGGGCAGUGAUGUGCAGUUCCAUUGUAAGGUCUACAGUGAUGCCCAGCCUCACAUUCAGUGGCUCAAACACAUCGAAAGGAAUGGCAGUCGCUUUGGUCCUGAUGGGGUACCCUACGUUCAGGUCCUGAAGACCGGUAGUCUGAACAUGUCUGAUGUGGAGGUGCUCUACCUGUCCAAAGUUACCAUGGAGGAUGCAGGAGAAUACACCUGUCUGGCUGGAAAUUCAAUCGGUUACUCCUACCAGUCUGCCUGGCUGACUGUUCUGUCAGAGGAGGAAUUAGUUGAUGAUAUGGACACGAUGGAGACCAAGUACACUGACAUCAUCAUCUAUGCCUGUGGAUUCCUCGCUCUGAUCAUGGCUGUCGUCAUCGUGGUAUUGUGUCGGAUGCAGGUCCACCCCAGCAGGGAACCUUUUGAUGCCCUUCCUGUGCAAAAGCUCUCCAAGUUUCCCCUGCGCAGACAGUACUCGGUUGAGUCCAACUCCUCAGGAAAGUCCAGUGCGUCACUGAUGAGGGUGGCUCGUCUCUCGUCAAGCUGCUCUCCUAUGCUAGCUGGCGUCAUGGAGUUUGAGCUGCCGUACGACCCUGACUGGGAGUUUCCCAGGGAAAAUUUGACAUUGGGCAAACCUUUGGGAGAAGGCUGCUUUGGUCAGGUGGUGAGAGCAGAGGCGUACGGCAUCAACAAGGACAGCCCAGACCAGGCCACCACCGUGGCGGUGAAGAUGCUCAAAGAUGAUGCCACAGACAAAGAUCUGGCAGACCUCAUCUCGGAAAUGGAGCUGAUGAAGGUGAUGGACAAACACAAGAACAUUAUUAACCUGCUGGGAGUGUGCACACAGGAUGGCCCCUUGUACGUGCUGGUGGAAUACGCCUCCAAAGGCAGUCUGAGGGAGUAUCUACGGGCUCGACGACCCCCAGGUAUGGACUACACCUUUGAUGUGACCAAGGUGCCGGAGGAGCAGCUCACCUUCAAAGAUUUGCUGUCCUGUGCCUACCAAGUGGCCAGAGGGAUGGAAUACCUGGCCUCCAAAAGGUGCAUCCACCGAGAUUUGGCAGCCAGAAAUGUUUUGGUGACAGAUGACAAUGUGAUGAAGAUCGCAGACUUUGGCCUGGCCAGGGGAGUCCAUCAGAUUGACUACUAUAAGAAAACCACCAACGGGCGACUUCCAGUGAAGUGGAUGGCACCCGAAGCCUUGUUCGAUAGAGUCUACACCCACCAGAGUGACGUGUGGUCAUUUGGCGUCUUGAUGUGGGAGAUCUUCACGUUGGGUGGUUCACCAUACCCUGGUAUUCCAGUUGAGGAGCUCUUCAAACUGCUAAAGGAAGGACAUCGCAUGGACAAACCUUCAAACUGCACGCAUGAACUCUACAUGAUGAUGCGUGAGUGCUGGCAUGCUGUUCCCACCCAGAGGCCAACGUUCAAACAGCUGGUUGAGGAGCUGGACAGAGUCCUGCUGUCCAUCUCUGAUGAGUACCUGGACCUGUCCACACCUUUCGAACAGUACUCCCCAUCGUGUGAAGACACGUCCAGCUGCUGCUCCUCUGACAAUGACUCAGUCUUUACCCAUGAUGCCUUGUCCACUGACCCCUGCCUCCUGAGUUACCAAGACGUGCGCUCGCAAAUAAAUAUGAAGGCCGCACUCCGAUAGACGCACACAUGCAACGAAAACCACACGCACCUACAUACAUGCAGACAUGGACAUAAAGCCACACCGAUGGAGAAACAUCACGGUGGACUGUUUGUUCCCCGCAUGUAUUCCUGUACAUGCACACACACUCCCAUAAAUACUUUGUUACACAGCAGAACAUUGCGGGGAAAUGUUUGACUGUGUGCACAUGAAGGAGCAGAAGAAAAGUGGACCGGCGGAACGCCGUACUUUGGUUGGUUCUGGUACUGUGCCCCAGAACAGCUGUACCAAUUGAAAACUGUGGCACGAAAACACAACAGAACAGAAGAGACCCCGGUACUCAAAUCAUCCUUUCUCAAGGACUGUGAUCUGCUCAACACAGAACCAGGGCUUCACACCUUGGAGAGAAAGACAUUUUUAACAAAAAAGGAUUUAUUUUGAUAUGAUAGAAGAAAAAAAAGAAACUGAUUGUUAAAUAUAAAUCUCACUAUAUAAGAUUAUUUUACUUUUUUGUUGUUUAUUUAAAAAUAAAAAAGAAGAACAGUCUUAAAUCUCAGGAUUUCCCCAUGCUAAAGUCAAAGUGCCUGAUUUUCUGUGAAUAUAUUAAAAUAUAAAAAUAUAUGUACAUAUCAACAAAAGAAGAAUGACUGCCUUGUAUAAAUUAUUGGAAAUGACACAAAGAUGAAGGUAACAGCAGGCAAAACAAGAGAUGAUAUAAGCAUGAGUUUCACAGCCAUCACACUGCCAGCAUGUCCAGAUUUAAUUUCAAAAUACACCAAGAUGUCUGAUGUUUGUACUUUUUAAUGUAUGUGAAAUGUAUUUACCCCCCCCCCCAAAAAAAAAUCUUCUAAGCUACAAUGUGUAACGCAGUUGUAACCUAUAACCAGUGUUGCCAGUUACUUUAUGAAGUCACUUUAUACAGUUACUUUAUUAGCAGCUGCAAAGAACUUGCAGCUAAUAAGUAAUGUAACUAACAAGGUAACUAGUAAUCUAACUAGGUUACUCUUAAGAUUGAGUAAUCAGCAGAGUAAAGGCCCACUGACACUUGCACGACUUUGAUACACACACUUACACAGCCUGUGUUGUGCAGGAGAAUAAACUCUUCUUUAACGAGUGCAGACUGAAUACGAGAGGGUUGUCAGCGUGUGCAAUUGCGCAAAGAGAAUUUUGAAAUGUUCUAAAAAUCUUUCACGCAUAAAUGUCAUGCAACGUGGUGCGAUCUGCUCGCCAACACUACGUGCAGCUCGUCAAGUGGAGUAAAGAAGAAGUGAACAGAGCGAAUGAUUGCAUCAGCGGGUUGCAUCAGCGGGUCGCAUCAGAGCGCAGCUCGUCUGAACGAAUAUGAGAUGUUAAAUCUGUCACAAACAUACUUUUACAGCUGCACACAAGAAGGAAAGAACAUGCAACUGUUUUACCAAGCCAUGACAAUGUAAACAUGACAAAUAAUGAUCUUUUUAGAUGGCUCCAAAUGCUUUCUCCAGCUCGUUCGGACUGCUGCAGCGGUCCUCUGUGUUUCAGGAAGUGAUUAGUGCUGUUUUCAGCAGCCAACUUGCAGAGAAAAUGAUUAUUCGGCUAUAAAAUAGUUAUUUUAUAUACGUAGCAUCCAGUACUCAGCGCAUGGCAGCCGGUGGAACAAAGCAUAGUGUCCAGCUGGGAUCACAGCGGGUGGGAUCGUCAUGACGACGUGUGCAAGUGCGUGCAUCAAAGUUGUGCAAGUGUCAGGGGGCCUUAACUAAUAGGCAAAGUAAUUAAUAGUUAGUUUCCUGAGUACUCAGUCUUAAAAAUAACCAAGUAAGAUUACUAGUUGCUUUAUUACUUACAUUCAGCAGCUGCAGCUUCAGCAGCUGUUGACAAGUUGUCUGCAGCUGUUAAUGAAGUAACGGUAUAAAGUAACUGUAUCAAGUAACUAAUAAAGUAACUUUUCAAAGUAACUGUGGCAACAUUGCCUAUGAGGGAAGUUCACUCACUGGAGCGAAUUUUUCUGCCAAGACCUAAAACACAAUCUGGAACUAAGUUUUUUGUUUGUUUGUUUGUUUUUUAAUAUAUCUUGGCUCCUCCCAUUUAAUUAUUUUGACUUCCACAACAAGCCCAAAGUUUUCAUCAGGUUCAGUGAAAAUUGGUUUGUCACACUUGAAGUAAUCCUGCAUAGAAGCCAGCAAAUUCCCUGGAGGCAAGAACAAAAUAUUAAUUAACAGCUAUUUAUCGCACAAAAUAUUUUUUGUUGUGCUAUAAACGGUCAGUUAACAUCGGAUUGUCACGUCACAUUUUUGUUUCUUGAUUCUUCCAUUUGUUGUCGACAUUGUGAAGAGAGACAUCUGCUUCAGGAGAAGUGACACACAGCUGCUUCAGGAUUCAUGCGGCUUCAUUGUCUUCGAUAUUCCAAGUUUGACAUGACAGAGACUAAACAGCUGAUUGCCAGCAUCACAUCUGUUUAUUUUGAUUCUUUCGUUUGUCCAACCACAGCCAAUAGGCAGGUUAGCAUAGCAGUUAGCAGUGCUAAUUAUUAUCCAUUAGCUGUGAGAAUUGGCAGGCGCUGUUGCACAGUGAAACUUUUCAUUUUGUGAGCAUGAUCUGAAGUUUGGCCGACUGAUAAAAAGGCACUGGAUGUUAAUGACACAAUGCAUUCUGGGUUAAUUUUGCCUAUUUGCGAUAGGGAGAAUUUUAUAGAAUUACUGAAAAUGUGGUCCAUUUGGCAUUCAUAGUGCCUGAAAAUUUUAUAGCAGAUUGGUUCUUUGCUAAUAUCCCCAACAGAAUGGACCUUUUUUGUGAUAAGUGCCCCGUUUUUUUCACUGUUCAGUCAAGUUGGUUCUGCAGAAUUAGAAAACACUGAAUGCAUCAAGAAAGUUAUCUCUUCUUGCUUGUUGGAUUAAAAAAAAAAAAUCACAAAAUCUUUUUAGUCAUUUUAAAAUUCUUGAAAACCUUCCUUGUGUAUGUGUUAAAGUUUGAACCCAGACCACAUGAGAAGAACACAGUUUCAUCCAGGGUUUUAUGUGAUGCAACUAUAACAGACAGCGUGGACUCGUCCAAACCCACUAUCACUGCCAAAGAGAGUAAGGCUCCCGAAAGCCUGUGUGAUUGAUUUCAAGUAAGGGGGGGUGGCUGGAACCCUUCACCCAGCCCAGUCUGCUGGUGAGGGGUCCGCAGGCCGGCUGGACAAUGAAGCCUUUGCAGGCUUUAUUGGGCGUGACUACACAGGCCAUGGGGAGUUCGAAGGCAGUGUGUGCAUAGUGUGGGCUUGUGUGCAAAAUUAUUGUCUUAUUAUGAAAAUAUAUCCUCCUCUUCUCUUAUGCAACCCCUGCAUGUAUCUUCAAACAUUAUUUUUAAAAUACAAAUGGUGAAUUUGAUUUACGUCCACCACCUGGGACCGCUUUGAGAUAAUUCCCCCUUUGUAGGUCCUGAAUCUAACCACUGAUAGAUUCAGGACCUGCCCUGUUAUUAUUAUUAGGAUGAACACUCCACUGUGACAGUAAGACAAUAAUUCUUGGAACACAUCAUGGGUGCGUCUUGUCAGACACGCAUCACACACAGCAGAUGUGCAUGUAUUUUCAUCGGGCUGUGUUUCAGCUGCAUUUGUGUUGUGUCACUGCUAAAUCUUUACCCAUCUUUGUCUUUUAUAAUGACUUUUAAUUCCAAUCUCUGUAUCUCUGUGAUGCCUGAUUUUUACACUGCACAUUCAGUUUGGACUUUUUUGUGUGUAUGUAUGCACACUUUUUUCUGGCUCGUUUAGCUGAUAUGGCCUUCACCCGACAGCACCUCCCUGAAAACAUGUCAUGUAGAUCAUUCUGCAUUAUGUAAACUUAAAAAUAUAUAAAUACAUAUAAAUUCACCAUCAGCAUUUUUAUUACUAUGUUUACUUUUAUAAUUCAGAUCCUGUGAGUCAUUGGUUUCCAGCAGACACACACAUAUCUGCAUGUCAGUUCAAAUGGUGCCAACACGCAGCAGCACAGCAGUAAAACAAUGCUUAAAGCAGUUGAACUCAAAUAUUCAAAAGGUUUGCAUUUCAUUCAAAAAUAUUUGUGUCCAAUCAUCCUCUUGUGUGAAAAACCUAUGAAAGCUUUUGUGAGCAAUGAAUUCAAGUUAUUUCCUCUCGAAUCAUGACAUUCCCGUGCUUUCCCCACAUACCAGCUGUACACAACCACAGUGUCCUUAAACAUUUCCUCAAGAGAAUUAUUUUACAAAUAUCUAAUUUAUUUGUUUAUUGUUCUGUUUUUGAUAUAAAAUAAAGUAUAAUUUAAAAUAACACCA